AUGGGGCUCUUGGACUCGGAGCCGGGCAGUGUCCUCAACGUGGUGUCCACGGCGUUGAACGACACCGUGGAGUUCUACCGCUGGACCUGGUCCAUCACAGAUAAACGUGUGGAGAACUGGCCUCUGAUGCAGUCUCCAUGGCCUACACUUUGUAUAAGUACUUUUUAUCUUUUGUUCGUGUGGCUGGGUCCAAAAUGGAUGAAGGACCGAGAACCUUUCCAGAUGCGCUUAGUACUCAUUAUCUAUAAUUUUGGGAUGGUUUUGCUUAACCUUUUUAUCUUCAGAGAGUUAUUCAUGGGAUCAUAUAAUGCAGGAUAUAGCUAUAUUUGCCAGAGUGUGGAUUAUUCUGAUAAUGUUCAUGAAGUUAGGAUAGCUGCUGCUCUGUGGUGGUACUUUGUAUCUAAAGGGGUUGAGUAUUUGGACACCGUAUUUUUUAUCCUGAGGAAGAAAAACAACCAAGUCUCUUUCCUUCAUGUAUAUCAUCACUGUACAAUGUUUACACUGUGGUGGAUUGGAAUUAAGUGGGUCGCCGGGGGACAAGCAUUUUUUGGAGCACAGCUGAAUUCCUUCAUCCAUGUGAUUAUGUACUCAUACUAUGGGUUAACUGCAUUUGGCCCAUGGAUUCAGAAAUAUCUUUGGUGGAAAAGAUACUUGACCAUGUUGCAGCUGGUUCAGUUCCACGUGACCAUCGGGCACACAGCGCUCUCUCUGUACACUGAUUGCCCCUUCCCCAAAUGGAUGCACUGGGCUCUCAUUGCCUACGCAAUCAGCUUCAUAUUUCUCUUUCUUAACUUCUAUGUUCGGACAUACAAAGAGCCUAAGAAAGCAAAAGCUGGAAAAACAGCUGUGAAUGGUAUUUCAGCAAAUGGUGUGAGCAAAUCAGAGAAACAACUAGUAAUAGAAAAUGGAAAAAAGCAGAAAAAUGGAAAAGCAAAAGGAGAGUAA